AUGGCGACGGGCUCCGGCGCUUCCUCCUCGAUAGGUUCGCGCGGACCGAGUGGGCAGCCGCCGACGGGUGGGCAGCCGCUGUGCCCUUUCUGCCGGACGGCCACCAUUGUGGAGCGGACCUCCAGAACCACAAACAACCCAGAUAAGCAGUUCUACACUUGCAAGAAUCGGGACUGGGGCAACAGCAAGUGCGCUUUCUUCAUGUGGAAGCCGGUGAGUGAUGGCGUCGAUGCUGCAUCAUUGACGGCCGGAGUCCAGGCAUUGGAGAAGUCUCUGUUGGCCCUGGGCAAUUCUGUUGAAGCUCAGAGUCUCCAUGUCAGUAGAAUAGCUGGGCAGCAGAGAGUGGAUAGGUGGUUGAAUGUGGCUAGUGUGUUUGUAGGAGUUGUGCUCUUUGUUGUCUUGUGCAGUUGUCUUGUGCAUCUUAAUGCAGAAGCAAGAUUAACUUUGUAA